CCUCGCAUCUGCCUCUCGCUCUCUCGUUCGCUCUCCAGUGAUUACAACCCCCGAGAUUCUCAGCAGUGAUUUGUGUUCUUCCCAUGUGUGAUACGAGCGUGAUUAUUGCCCUAACUGGUGGCUGUGACCCAUGUGUGUGUGUGUUGUGGUGGUAGUGUGAGACCAGCUAUGUGCUGACAUCGUAUAUAUAUAUAUAUAUAUAUAUAUAUCAUCGCCCUUGUUAUCAAAAGCGCGCUCUGGCUAAUUGGUCCGUUAUCUUCACAAGACAUCAUAGCCUUCCGUGAUUUUGUUUUGGGCCGUUAUAUGUCUGUGUUUUAUCCUCGCUCAGGCAUCGAGGAUCAGAAUAGCCUGAGCCCGCUCUCCGCCAUCAUGGACUUGGAGUUCUAUGGUGACGGCAAGGCAGUGUCCAGGAUGUCGGCCAAGAAGAAGGUGAAGUUCUCGCUGGAGCUGCCGGGACUGGUGAAGCAGGAGCCUGUGGAUACCUACGAUGGCGGCCUCGACCCUCCCCUGGUCGACCCCCACUGUGUACCCUCCGGUAGCGGCGCCCUGCAGCAGGCCAUGCAGAAGGUGCCCGACCUCGCGGACCUCUCAGACCCCGAGUCUUCUCUAGACGUGGAGGAAGAGUCGGCCUCGCUAGCGCACGUGCCCACCACGUUCCACGAGUACGUGCCGGACUUCAACGAGUUCCUGGAGGGUUACGGCGGCCCUCUGCCCGAGCACCGUCUUAACCCCGUGCUGACCACCACCUCGUCUUCCACGUCCACCACCUCCCACGGGCCGCCUCCACCGUCUUCCUCGGUGCCCUCGUCGCUGCCGCCCCAGACGGCCGUGCCCUCCACGGCCUCCUCGUCGUCAGGCACCACCACGUCGCCCUCCAACACGUCCUCCAGCACGCCCCACCCGCCCUCCACACAGUCGCUACAGUACUUAGACGACAACAGAAGAAGAGCGUGGAGCAGGAACGGUGGCUAUCCAAGUGCAGAAAGCAUGGGUGCGGUGAGCGAGCCCCCAUCAGAGGGUUCCCCGGGAGGAUUCGUACCCCAACCUUACACCGAAGCUGACCCAGAGCCCUACCACACACUGCCUGAUUCCCAUCACCCUGCUGUCCACUACCUCGACCCAUCUGCACAUGACUUUUACAGUCUCCAUGACAAGUAUCGGUUGUCCUACUUCAAGUACCCACAGCCCACAGCCACCCACAGGUAUACACAUGAGUACCCUGAUGGUUAUUCAACGCCGCACUACGACCCACAGUUCCAGACAGUACCACAAGCGCUACCAGAGCCAUGGGCGACAGCAGCUGCGCAGGGACAUGACCUCUCGCAGAUUAACAGUGGUGUUGGGGGCCCCAAUUUAGCUCACUAUCUACCAACUCGUGCUGAUGUUGCUACCCCGGACACUAAGCCUCCCCCUGGCCUCCUUGGCCCUAGUUCUGCGGCGCUGGGGUACCAAACUGGUAAUGGUGGUCCCUGUUUCACUGGCUCUGGACCUAUCCAGUUGUGGCAGUUCCUCUUGGAGCUGCUUACAGACAAGAAACAGCAGCAACACAUCUCUUGGACAGGUGAUGGCUGGGAGUUCAAAUUAACAGACCCAGAUGAGGUUGCGCGACUCUGGGGCAUGAGGAAGAACAAGCCUAAGAUGAACUAUGAGAAGUUGUCCCGAGGUCUGCGGUAUUAUUAUGACAAGAACAUAAUUCACAAGACAGCUGGCAAGCGAUAUGUCUACCGAUUUGUCUGUGACCUCCAGUCACUACUUGGUUACUCGCCGGAGGAACUCCAUGCAAUGGUUGAUCUCAAACCCGAGAAGAAGGAUGAUGAUUGAAGUGUGACUCAAACUGUCGACCUCUUCCCUUCCCCAGAGUUAUAGUGCAGAGCAGGUCAGGCAGGGUGGGGUCAGAGAUCCCAUAACCUUUAUUUCUUGGGACUUGCUUCCUUAUAGUUAUCAGAGACAUUUUGUUCUGUGCUGCUGCUGGGUGCUUCUUAGCCAGAUCUAUUCUUCAAUAAAAUCAAUACAGUACCAACAGCAAAUUUGCCGCCUGCCGACAUUGUUGGUUAGCCAAACAUUCACAUAUAACUUUGUUAAAAGGCUGUAUCUGCAUUUUUAUCGACAACAUGUUCCACAGUUAAUGUGGAAUUUUUUUAAUAGUUUUAUUUUUGUAAAUACAGUAUGCCAUUUGUCGGGCAUUUAGACUAGAUUUUAUGUUUGUAUAGUCAGAUGUGUGGAGGAUGCUGCCCAGUCCAUGUUGGUGUGCUUGUGUUGUGUGCACACCUUGUACCUGUGCAGAGGUGUUUCUGUGCACAGCCACUGUUGUGCACAGUUAUUGUCUGUGCUCAGCUGCUGUGUGCAAAAUUCAUGUAAACAGCCAAUUGUACCUGUACUUGUUCUGUGCACAAGACCUGACUGUAAUAUUAAUUAUUUUAAGUUAUGGACGUAGUGAUUCAUGGAGAUGACUAUAAAGAGUGCUUUCAAAACUACAAGUGCUAUGUAUUAGUGUCAAAAUAGUAGGUGUCACAAAUUGGAGUGGCCAUUUUUUAUUUUUGCAUAUAUGAUCGAUAUAUAUAUAGCCCUUAGCUUGCUGUCACUAACUUUCAAAAAAUAUAUAUAAAAAAAGUUCCCCAGCAGUAUCAAAGGUGGCAAAGCAGGGUCCAAGAAGUCACCAAAAUGUGAUAAGGGCUUUGAAUUGUCAUAGAAAUCAAGAGUCAGUACCACUGGUGUGACUGCCUUUUACUGCUGCUCGACUAAAUAGCGAUCUUCCAUCGUGCCUUCUUUAUCCCAAUGGUCUUUCUGAGGACUAAACAAUUUGCGGUAGAUGCAUGGGAACCAAGCACUUACUGAGGCUUCCCUGAGGGGGCCAUGCACUUCACUGAGGUCUCUUAAAUGUACCAGCUGCUUCACACCAACGAGGUCUUCUUAAGUACUGUACUGUAUACUAGCUUAACCACAAGUGCAUUCCCCAAAGAUAUAAACGGCUUCAAUAGCAAUGCUUCCAGUGGUAUGAUCCUCUAAGAGGGACAAACAACCUCACCACUGUGGUCCCUUACACGAGCUCCUCGGGGCUAUAAACUAUUUUACUUGUUAGGUUCUCAGGGGGUACCAGUUUUUUCACUAGUGUACUUCUUACUAGACAUUGUACCUGCAUAAAAAGCCAGAUGCUUGUGGUACUAAGGGCAAAUCUUGAAAAUAAAAAUGUGAUGUUACUUCUAAACUUUAAUUCCAGGUCACAAUACACAGACUGUGAUGUAGUAGGAAAGCAAAUCCAUAAAAUCAGUAUUUGUGUACUAUUUUAUCAAGAAUUUUAUUUUGUAUAGAAAAACUUUACAAUUCUCCAUGAUUCUUGCAACUGGAGGUAAUGGUGUUUUGUUGUUUGUUGUGAUAACUUGUUGAAAAUAUUGACUGUUGGAUUUUAUCUUCUGAAAUAUGACAAUCAAAUUGGAUAUCCUCAUUGUAAUGUUCUAAUCACUCAUGACCUUAAAAACAAUGACAAAUACCAAAAAGAAAUAUGUUAUUUACAAAGACUUACAAGGACAUAACUGCUCCUACCACAACCAUAAUUCUUCCAGCCAUCCUCGGUUAGAACUUCAAACUUCCAGUCUUCCUUAGCUUAUACAAGUUCAAAUUUACAACCAUCUUUGGCAUAUAAAAAGCUCAAACUUUAAGCUAUCUCAGCACAGAAGUUCAAACUUCUAGUUACCUGUGGCAUAAAGUUCUGUAGAAUUUUAGUCAUUAACUGCAAAUUUAAGCUGAGCUUACAACCGUCACCAGUGAUUUCUGCCGUAAUUUCCGCCCACACUUUACAGGAGCCGUCCUAUCUCAUGCCUAAUAGACAUACGUGCCAAGCCCACAGAUGGGUGCCACUACUCACUCUUUCAUAGACCUGAUGCUAUCUGAUUUCACCCUUGUGACAAUUUCAGUGGUACCUUCGACAUGCAGUUUUCAGGCUGAAAACCUGUUGCAAAGUAAUGUAUAUUAAGAAAUAAAAACUUCCUUACGGGCUUCCAGCCUUUUAAAAAACAUCAUAGCCUUGGUGCUCAAGUAGAGUGUUGAUAGUUGUAAAACCAGCAUAAUGGCUGAUGAUAACUGUUGGUCUAGUUAGCCUGAAAUUAGCUUUUAGCCACAUAAAACUUUAUUACUGAUCCAGUUCAUUAUUUGCCUUUGGCUGUAGAGUUUGUUUUAUAAAAUAAUAACAGCAAGUUGCAAUGCCAUGGCUGAAACCAAUAAAUGCUAAACUCGCACAUAGAUGUGAAUGGGUGAUAAAGUCUUGGUUCUAAACUAUUGAGAGUUUUGAACACACACAUGGGCCCAAUUGACCUAAAACUUUAUUAACAUUUCAUGUCUGAUGUAUGAGCUUAGUUUUUAAGUAAUGACAGAAGACAGCUGUUUAAUUUCAAGUCAUUACCAGUGCCCAAUGUGCAUGGUUUCAAAGGAUAUCUGAGAGGUCAGUAGAUUGUCCAGUGAACAGUUAUUUUACCAAAUAAAUCAAGUGCUAAUGAACUUGAAUGUAUGUUUGUAAGGACACAUGUGCAUAUUUAACAUACAUGUUAUAUCUAAUAGCCAGAACUGAAUAACUAGGCUAGGACCAAUUUGCUUGUUAGGCAACUGUAUUUUCUUGCAUAUCUGCACAAAUUAGUCAAUACAUUUUAAUUGACAUUGCUGUAUAAUAAUUACUAAUUUAUUUAGGCCUAGUUUUAUUUACGUUAGGCACCAGAGUUAAAGAAUACUAGGCAUAUUUAGGUUAGGCCAGGUUUGCUAAGUUAGUUUUAGUUUAAAUUUAAAUGUUUGCAUAUCUUGUUUUUUUUAAAGAUUAUAUCUAUAAAUACGUGUAUAUAAAUUAAAAUGUUUGAUAAAGGAAAAUUUUAAUAAAUUCAGCUUUUUAGGCAACUCUGGCUAUUAGAUAUGACAUUCAGUAUAUAUAUUUAUAUACACUGUAUAUAUAUUUAUAUAUACCAUAUCUAUAUAUAUACAGUAUAAAUUAUAUACAGUAUAUACAUAGACACACACACACAUACACAUAGUAUAUAAAAGGUGUGUAGUUGCAGAUUACAAAACAAUGUAGAACUGCAAGAUAAACCUUGUAUAUGAUUUACUAUGUUUGAUGCUUGGUUGUUGAGAAAGUGAUGCCCUAGAGCAGCAUCGGUGUGAUGACUGCACUGAGGAGCCGAGGAUUCUGCCGCAAGAUGCCCCAUGAGACUAGCUAGCUCCAGCAAUAUUUUAGUAGCCUCAAUACCUGAUCCAGGUGCUUCUCAGUUUAUUGAAUGGGAUUUUGAUUCGGCUGCCAUUAAUAUUUAUAUUCAGAUUAUUUACAUGUAAAUACUGUAGUUACAAUACGGCUUGGUUUUAAUACUGUGUUUGCGAUAACUCGAUUCAUGGCUCUAAUUAAAUUAUUUUGUUUGUGUAUUAAAAUUAAAUAAACUGUUAAGUUGGAGGUAUAAAAUGCUUGAAGGCAUUAGUUAUUUUCAUAUUGAUCUUGCUUUUAAGAAUCCCUAUCAGCUGUAUUUUAAAGGUAAUAAUAUCUUUUUUUGUUAUACUUAAAAGCAUUUAUAAAUUAGCUACAAAACAAGAUACAAUUGCCUUGAAUAACCAGCUACAAUGAUGCCAAAAAUUUGUGUGCAUCAUUAUUUAUGGCCAAAUUUAUUAAUAUUUAUUUUCACUUGUUUCCUUUGUAUUCUGGACUUGAUGAUGUGUACAUAGUUAUGUUUUGUCUCUAGUUUUAGACUUAUGAAUGUUGAAGCUAAGAUGAAUGUUGGUCAUACAUUUCCAAAGUAUGUAAUUAUAAUUUCAUGCUUUAAGCUCUAGUUGUAAUGCUAAUAUACUUAUAAGUUCAGAAUUUGCUCUAAUGAUUUUUUUUACAAAUUAUUAUUCUGGUCUCUAAUUUGAAUAUAUAUACCUGAUAUAAAUUAAAUUAAUUACAAUAGAUAUUUUCGAGAAUUUUGAUGUGAGCUAUAUUUUGACAAGCCAUAUUGGUUCUUGUGAUAAGCUCAAUAUUGUUGAAGAUGCAGAAUCUCAAAAAAUGGGCUUCAAGUUUUUACCAAAAUUCCCAUGGCUGUUGUAUAUACAGGAUGUGUAAAAAGCUAAAAAUAAAAGAAUGAUUGUA